AUCACAUCAGUGAGCGUCUGUCGGCCCUGAGGCCCAGGCAAAAUCAGUUGGGCAAGGACUGCCCUCUCGUAGUGUUGUUUCUCGCCUCGAGUGUUCGAAUGACCUCCAAUUUGCCAGGUGGAUGCAAUUCGCCGCUGGCGGCACCUCUCGUACUGCUUUCAAGCUUUUGAUGCUAACAUCAUUCCGCGUUCAAGAUACAAGGCCUUCCUUCAUUAUCCACUUGUCAACUCUCGGCUGCUUUUCUUUUUCUUUUCACUCAAGUUAACUUACCUUAUCUGCGCCUCGGUGACCUUCAUCACGAGACUUGAAACCUUGGCGGCGGCCUCUCCAUUCAAGCACUGAGAUGCAUUCAAUCAAGCACCAAGCCCGAAACAUUGCCUGGAGAUACAACGACGGCGAGUCCAACUACAACCCUUUCGCCAGGCGUUCCCGGUCUUAUGUUGGCCGACCCGAGGACGAGGAGAACAACCUUCAGCGUCGCCAUACCGCCGACCAAGUCAUGUCGGACAGCAGCAUCAGGCGCAACGACGCGCGCGAUGUAGACGACGCCGACUUUGCUUACCCACACCAUGCCAACACUGCACCACCAGACUCGAGUGCUUCUUCGGACACACCCACAUCCAAUGGAACCCUUGUUGGCCAACCCGAUAUCAAACCACAAAGGGAGAAGGAGGCCCUCCCACUGGACAGAGACAACUCCCGCUCCAUGUCGGAGAAGAAUGUCUCCGAGCCUGCACACAAACCACGCAAGCGCCUAAUGCUCAUGAACUUGCUCGGUCAACCUGAUCGCACCAAGACGGACAACUCUGACCUGGAACGAUCCGAUACUGGCGAUACCAAGAAGAAGCGUAGACCGAAGAUCAGUGUUGUCAGCCAGUUCAAAGCCACUAUCCUUGGCUCCUGGGUCAACGUCCUUCUCGUCUGUGUGCCCAUCGGUUUCGCUCUGAGAUAUUCCCACGCCAACGGAUAUGCCGUCUUCGUUGUCAACUUUGUUGCCAUCAUCCCUCUUGCCGCCAUGCUGUCUUUCGCUACCGAAGAGCUUGCCUUGUACACUGGUGAGACUCUUGGAGGUCUUCUCAACGCCAGUUUCGGUAACGCGACCGAGUUGAUUGUCAGUGUCAUCGCCUUGCAACAGAACAAGAUUCUCAUUGUCCAAACCUCCUUGAUCGGAAGUAUGCUCUCAAACUUGUUACUGGUGCUCGGCAUGUGUUUCUUCUUCGGUGGCCUGAACCGUGUCGUUCAGCACUUUAACGUUACUGUUGCUCAAACCGCAUCCAGUAUGCUUGCUGUCUCCAUCGGCUCAUUGAUCAUUCCUACCGCUUUCCAGAAAUUCGGCAACAACCCUGCUGGUGGUGUCGCUCCCAUUUCCCGAGGAACUGCUAUCAUCCUGCUUCUCGUCUACUUCGCCUACCUCAUCUUCCAGCUCAAGACCCAUGUUGAGAUCUACAACACUCCCAGUCAAAAAUCAGAAAAGAAGAAGGGUUCAACCAGACAGAAGGGUGAGACUCUCAUGGGUAUCGCUCGCAUUGGUGCGGGUACUGCUGCGUCCGCUGGUGGCCAAGUCAACCAGUCCAACCUCGUCUACGAAGAAGAGGAAGAAGAGACACCCGCCCUGUCUAUCAUCGGUGCUCUCGUUACUCUUACCAUCGCCACAGUCUUCAUUGCAUUCACUUCUGAGUUCAUGGUCAGUGGCAUCGACUACAUCGUUGAACAUGGAAACAUCUCAGAAGAAUUCGUUGGUCUCAUCUUGGUCCCCAUCGUCGGCAACGCCGCAGAACACGCAACCGCCGUUACUGUCGCCAUCAAGGACAAGAUGGAUCUUGCCAUCGGUGUCGCUGUCGGUUCAAGUAUGCAAAUCGCUUUGCUCGUUCUUCCUCUUAUGGUCGUCAUCUCCUGGUGCGGUCUGGGCAACGAAGCCAUGACUCUUGACUUUGAUGGGUUCCAGGUUGCCGUGCUCUUCAUCGCAGUCUUGUUGGUGAACUACCUCAUCCAAGAUGGCGAAAGUCAUUGGCUCGAAGGUAUAUUGUUAAUGGCUGUAUACAUCAUCAUCGCUGUCAGCGCUUGGUUCUAUCCAACACCCGAUGGUCAAAGCCUGGUUGGGUAAAAAGUCUCCUUUGUCAAUCGUUUUUACUUCUUGGACUUCUCAUAUGGCGUUUUAGCGUCGGACAUUCCUCCUUGACAUCUCAAUGUACCACUACUUUUUCGUCGAUACCCAAAGAAUAUUACUUCUGCUUAGUUAAUCAAGUAACAUGUUCGUUACCACUCCUAGC